AUUUAUCUUCAAUGACAACAAGUUGGGGACAUAUCUCGACUAAACGUGGACAGAGACGGAUUGUAAAACCAGCAGUGUGUACAUAUACUCCACAGUGUGGCCAUUAAACUUCAUAGGAAGUCAACAAAACCUAUCGGCCUCAAUAUUAUUUGCAACACUUCUGAGAGUGUGGUUUGGACUGUAAUUAUUGCCAUCUCCUUUUUCCAAUUGAUAUAAACUACGAGGCGUCUCUUGACAAUGUCUGGCUCACAGAUGAAACAAAAUGGUGAACAUGUUCCAAAGGAAGUAACCGCUAUUCUGGAUGCAUUACAUCUAACAGACGAAGUUCAGCAUGAACUCAUAGCAGUUUGCCAGCGCUCUUUUGAUUUAGGACUACAGCCAGAGACACACGAAGACGCAGCGGUCAAGAUGCUCAUAUCUCAUGUGCGAUUAAUGCCCAAUGGCACAGAGAGGGGUAACUAUUUAGCCCUGGACAUGGGAGGAACUAAUUUCCGUGUCUUGCUGACCAAAUUCACUGGUGAAGGUAUAGAGGUUGUUGCAGUUGAGAAGUAUCACCUACCGCAUGACGUCAGAACUGGAACUUCAGAUCAGUUUUUCGACUACAUUGCAGACAAGCUGGAUCACUUUAUUAAGACGCACUUUGCCAAAUGUGAAUCUGUGACCUUCCCACUGAGUUUUACGUUUUCUUUUCCCAUGGAGCAACGCCGAUUGGAUUCAGCCGAUUUGCUGAUCUGGACCAAGGAUUUUGCCGUAGAUGGCGUCGUUGGGAAAGACGUAGUUGCACUACUACAGAAGGCAAUAGCUAAAAAGAGCCUGAAGCUUCGCACUGUUGCUCUGUUAAAUGAUACAGUUGGAGUCCUUAUGGCUGGGGCGUACUAUGACAAUGACUGUAAGAUUGGCCUUAUUGUAGGAACCGGUUACAAUGCAGCAUACGUCGCGCCAUUGAGUGAAGUGACAAGGUGGACAGGGGACAAUGACGAACCACAACAAGUCGUCAUUGAUACCGAGUGUGGUGCCUUUGGUGACGAUGGCUCCCUCGACUUCAUGAGGGCAGAGUUUGAUUUCGACCUGGACAGCCAGACUUUAAAUAAGAGAAACCAAAUAUACGAGAAGAUGUUUUCCGGCAAGUACAUGGGAGAAGUUGCACGUCUCAUUCUAAUUAAACUAGCUCAACAAGGGGUUUUAUUUGAAGGCAAGGUACCAGACACAUUGCAACAACAAUGGGUAUUCACAACGUUAUUCGUCUCGGAAAUCGUGGAAGGGGAUUCUGGUGUUCAGCAUUCUCAAUCUCAGCGUAUUCUAAAAUCCAUGGGCGUUGACAAUCCGUCUACAGUUGACUGCAAACUCGUGUACAAAAUCUGCUGCAAACUUACCGAACGCGGCGCCAUUUUGGUUGCCGCAGCCAUUGCUGCCCUGCUGAUCCGCGUCAAGAAGAGUCCCGUCUGCGGUAUCGGCGUGGACGGCAGUUUGUUUAACGAGUUCCCGACAUUCCGGAACACGAUGGUAAAGAAAUUGGAGGAGCUGUCGCCGGAGUACAAAGCGAGAUUUCUGGCGGUUGACGAUGGCAGUGGGAUCGGCGCAGCUGUUGUGGCUGCGACCGUUAGCAGCAGAGCAACAAGAACAUUUAAGAAGUUGACCGAGCUGUCGCCGGAGUACAAGGCGAGAUUCAUGGCGGUUGACGAUGACAGUGAUGGGAUAGUACGUAGAAAAACAACCUUAAGGACGGCUUGCCAGCAGGUUGGAUGGCUUAAUCUUAUUACAUAA